AUGCAUGGUUUAUAUCACAUCAUUGCUCUCAACAUAGACCUGUUCAGUGGUAUGGUCCUCUGGUGGUAAAUCCAUGUACUGCACUCUUUAGAGGAGCAUAGCUGAAGCCAACUGACUGGUAACGGACCAGACAAAUAUAAAAUGGCUCUUUUGGUCUGGGUCACUAGAUAGGAAAAGUAGUUACUUUUUGCACAUGUAUGAUCAUUCAUUAUUCAUGUGAGGAUUUGGUGUCUUUAUUCUCAGAACCUCCUCAACAUUUAUAUGCGGUCAGCAAAGUGUAUGUAAAGUACACUGCUCAAAAAAAUAAAGGGAACACUUAAACAACACAAUGUAACUCCAAGUCAAUCACACUUCUGUGAAAUCAAACUGUCCACUUAGGAAGCAACACUGAUUGACAAUACAUUUCACAUGCUGUUGUGCAAAUGGAAUAGACAACAGUUGGAAAUUAUAGGCAAUUAGCAAGACACCCCCAAUAAAGAAGUGGUUCUGCAGGUGGUGACCACAGACUACUUCUCAGUUCCUAUGCUUCCUGGCUGAUGUUUUGGUCACUUUUGAAUGCUGGCGGUGCUUUCACUCUAGUGGUAGCAUGAGACGGAGUCUACAACCCACAAAAGUGGCUCAGGUAGUGCAGCUCAUCCAGGAUGGCACAUCAAUGCGAGCUGUGGCAAGAAGGUUUGCUGUGUCUGUCAGCGUAGUGUCCAGAGCAUGGAGGCGCUACCAGGAGACAGGCCAGUACAUCAGGAGAUGUGGAGGAGGCCGUAGGAGGGCAACAACCCAGCAGCAGGAACGCUACCUCCGCCUUUGUGCAAGGAGGAGCAGGAGGAGCACUGCCAGAGCCCUGCAAAAUGACCUCCAGCAGGCCACAAAUGUGCAUGUGUCUGCUCAAACGGUCAGAAACAGACUCCAUGAGGGUGGUAUGAUGGCCCGACGUCCACAGGUGGGGGUUGUGCUUACAGCCCAACACCGUGCAGGACGUUUGGCAUUUGCCAGAGAACACCAAGAUUGGCAAAUUCGCCACUGGCGCCCUGUGCUCUUCACAGAUGAAAGCAGGUUCACACUGAGCACAUGUGACAGACAUGACAGAGUCUGGAGACGCCGUGGAGAACGUUCUGCUGCCUGCAACAUUCUCCAGCAUGACCGCUUUGGCGGUGGGUCAGUCAUGGUGUGGGGUGGCAUUUCUUUGGGGUGUCACACAGCCCUCCAUGUGCUCGCCAGAGGUAGCCUGACUGCCAUUAGGUACAGAGAUGAGAUCCUCAGACCCCUUGUGAGACCAUAUGCUGGUGCGGUUGGCCCUGGGUUCCUCCUAAUGCAAGACAAUGCUAGACCUCAUGUGGCUGGAGUGGGUCAGCAGUUCCUGCAAGAGGAAGGCAUUGAUGCUAUGGACUGGCCCGCCCGUUCCCCAGACCUGAAUCCAAUUGAGCACAUCUGGGACAUCAUGUCUCGCUCCAUCCACCAACGCCACGUUGCACCACAGACUGUCCAGGAGUUGGCGGAUGCUUUAGUCCAGGUCUGGGAGGAGAUCCCUCAGGAGACCAUCCGCUACCUCAUCAGGAGCAUGCCCAGGCAUUGUAGGGAGGUCAUACAGGCACGUGGAGGCCACACACACUACUGAGCCUCAUUUUGACUUGUUUUAAGGACAUUACAUCAAAGUUACAUCAUCAGCCUGUAGUGUGGUUUUCCACUUUAAUUUUGAGGGUGACUCCAAAUCCAGACCUCCAUGGGUUGAUAAAUUUGAUUUCCAUUGAUAAUUUUUGUGUGAUUUUGUUGACACAUUCUACUAUGUAAAGAAAAAAGUAUUUAAUAAGAUUAUUUCAUUCAUUCAGAUCUAGGAUGUGUUGUUUAAGUGUUCCCUUUAUUUUUUUUAGCAGUGUAUAAAGGGUUUUCUUUAUAUUUACCCACAAACAGCCAUUUCUGCAGCUCCUGGCUGUUCUUCAGGUGAGGUACCUUCUUAUCCUACAUGUGCUGCCCACUACACCUUCUGAAGGAUGGGUUGAUCAGGCCCAAGUGAGCCACGUGGCUCGUCCAACUCUUCUUACUCUUCAGCCACAACCACUGAGAUGUUCUCUCUGCCUCCUGAUCAGUUAUAUGACAUAUCUUAUUUGUCUGUGCUCCUCCUAUAGACUGCCCUCCACAGUUAUGAAGUCCAGUGCCAAGUUUUUUUAAAAAUGUAUAAUAAUGAUACAAUAGUUCCAUCUAGUGUUCAACAUUCUGCCCAAAAAGGUGAAACCUUGACAUUGAUUGUAUUUUCAAGGGCAAGUUACUAGUGAGAGUCAAUAGGUGUCAGUGGAGUCUUAUUCCUAUAAGAUAGAAAUAUCAUUUUUUUUUGCAUGGGCUGCAUCUCAAUCCAUCGCAUCAGCCUAUGGCAGUCUUUCGCAUCUGCGGUGGAAACCAUGUGACAUCCCGAGAAUCGGUCUUCUCACAAAAACAUCUGUAGCGUCCGAACGGUUUGGCAUAGAAAAAUAAUAUGUCCACUCUAUUGAAAGAUGAGACUCUCACGAAUACGUAUCUAGCGUACGAACCGUUUGGGCUACAAACUAAUGACCCCACUGUGAAAAAGGGAGAUUCUCACGAACACAUUGGAGAAUUUAAGGGGUUAAAUAUAUAUACAAUGUAUAUAUAUAUAUUUCCUGAGCUUUCUUAUAUCUCCUAUUUAUAGGACAGACACUUAAAACCUUAAAACCUUAUUCCGUAUUAUUUAUUAUUUGAAUGUCAUUUUUUGCCAUUUAUGAAUGUGUUAUUCAAUGCGUUUCUAUGGGAUAUGGUAGUAAAGGCCAAAUGCAAUAUUUUAUCAAAUAAUCUUGUUAUAUAUUUUUUAAUAUCUAAAGGGUCCUAAAAUUCCAAAUCAAAUAGCUAACUAAUCCAUGGUAUGACCAUCUUAAAAUAAUUAUAUAUGUCAAUUUAUAACACCCGCCCGCAACCUCUUAGACUCUAGAGAAUUAAAUGAUGCAUGCGUGUCACGAUCGUUGAGAGACGGGUCGGACCAAGGUGCAGCGUGAAAAGCGUACAUGUUUAUUACCUCAAUAAACAUACAACAAAACAAGAAACAACGUAACGUGAAGUCCAAAGGGCUAAACACAUACAAGCCUAACAGGAACAAGAUCCCACAAUACACAGUAGGCAAUGGGCUACCUAAGUAUGAACCCCAAUCAGAGACAAUGAGCGACAGCUGCCUCUGAUUGGGAAUCAUACCCGGCUAGACAUAGAAAUAUAAAUAGAAUAACUAGAACCUAAACAUAGAAUAUAUAACAUAGACUUCCACACCCUGACUCAACAAACAAGAGUUCUAUAGGUCAGGGCGUGACAGUACCCCCCCCCCCCCCCCCCCAAAGGUGCUGACUCCGGCCGCACAAACCUGACAUAACAGGGGAGGGUCCGGGUGGGCUUCCCGCUUCGGUGGCGGCUCUGGCUCCGGGCGUGACGUCUUCUCCCUUACUGCCUUCUAGCUUCCCUUCCCUAGCUUCCCUUCUCAGUCCUCCCACGACGGACCGAUCCCUGUCUGGACCCUGGUGUGGGAGACCCCGAACCUGGAGAGGGGCUGACGUCUGGACCCGGAGUAGAGCCGCUGACUGGCGCUGAACUGGAUCCCGGUGGAGCGGACUGAUCUGGCUCCGGAAUGGAGCAGCUGACCGGAGCUGGAUCAGGCACCGGUGGAGCGGACUGCUCUGGCUCCGGAGUGGAGCAACCGACCGGAGCUGAAUCAGGCACCGGUGGAGCGGAUUGCUCUGGCUCCGGAGUGGAGCCGCUGACCGGAGCUGGACUGGACACCGGUGGAGCGGACUGCUCUGACUCCGGAUUAGAGCCGCUGACCGGAGCUGGUCUUGGCACCAGUGGAGCGGACUGCUCUGGCUCCGGAGUAGAGCAGCUGACCGGAGCUGGAUCAGGCACCGGUGGAGCGGAUUGCUCUGGCGUGGAGCAGUUGACCGGAGCUGGACUAGGCACCGGUAGAGCGGACUGCUCUGGCUCUGGACUGGAGCAGCUCACCAGAGCUGAACUGGGCACCGGUGGAGCGGACUGCUCUGGCACUGGAGUGGAGCAGCAGACCGGAGCUGGACUGGGCACUGGUGGAGCGGACUGCUCUGGCACUGGAGUGGAGCAGCUGACCGGAGCUGGACUAGGCACCGGAGGAGCGGACUGCUCUGGCACUGGAGUGGAGCAGCUGACCGGAGCUGGACUGGGAACACGCACCACUGGUCUGGUGCCAGGAGCAGGCACAGGCCGUGCCGGACUGGAGACGUGCACCACUGGUUUUGUGCGAGGAGCAGGCAUGGGCCGUGCCGGACUGGAUACACGCACCACUAGUUUGGUGAGUGGAGCAGGUACAGGGCGUACCGGGCUGGCGACACGCACCACUAGUUUGGUGCGAGGAGCAAGUACGGGCCGUUCUGGGCUGGUGACACGCACCACUGGUUUGGUGCGAGGAGCAGGCACGGGCCGUACCAGGCUGGGGACACGCACCACUGGUUUGGUGCGAGGAGCAGGUAUGGGCCGUACCAGACUGGGAACACGCACCAAUGGCUUGGUGCGAGGAGCAGGCACGGACCUUACCGGACUGGGAGCACGCACCACUGGCUUGGUGCGAGAAGCAGGCACGAGGCGUACCGGACUGGGAACCGGUGCUGGAGGUCUAUGACUGUACCAGUCCUUUACUCUCCGCGCCCAAUCCUCCUCCGGUGAGGACUCCUCCGGGAGACCCCACGAGUUAGGGAACAGAACUCGUCGUCGUCAUCCUCCGACUCCUCAGUGUAAAACUGUUCCCAUUCCUGUUCCCAUCGUCGUAGGGACUCCAACUGGAACCCCACCGGGUGCAGUGGUCGGGGCUCUUCUCUCUCGAUUCCCGACCACCCCUUUAGCCCCCCCCCCACCAAAAAAAAGCCUCUCGGGCUUCCUCCUCGGCCGGCGGUGUCGCUGUUGCUCCUCUCCUACCCGGGCUUCCUCUGUCCGCUCCCAAGGACGGUGAUCCAUCCCAGCCUGAAUCUCCUCCCAUGUCCAAGAUCCCUUACCAUCCAGGAUCUCCUCCCAUGUCCAGGAUGUCUGCUCCUGGCCACGCUGCUUGGUCCUCGUUUGGUGGGAUCUUCUGUCACGAUCGUUGAGAGACGGGUCGGACCAAGGUGCAGCGUGAAAAGCGUACAUGUUUAUUACCUCAAUAAACAUACAACAAAACAAGAAACAACGUAACGUGAAGUCCAAAGGGCUAAACACAUACAAGCCUAACAGGAACAAGAUCCCACAAUACACAGUAGGCAAUGGGCUACCUAAGUAUCAUCCCCAAUCAGAGACAAUGAGCGACAGCUGCCUCUGAUUGGGAAUCAUACCCGGCCAGACAUAGAAAUAGAAUAACUAGAACCUAAACAUAGAAUAUAUAACAUAGAUUUCCACACCCUGACUCAACAAACAAGAGUUCUAUAGGUCAGGGCGUGACAAUGCGGCAUGCAAACACUUUACAGGUGUUGUUGUGGUAUAAUUAUCCCCCACAAUUAGCAUAUCAAACUAAAUCAACCUGAGAAGGGCAGCAUUUCACUGCGAAUCCUUCUAGCAGUUCAUCUAAAUUGAAUAUACAAUUAGCUCCUCCCCUACUGCAGAGCCCCAUAAUUAUGAGACUUCUCAGCUACAGUGGAUGGAACAUAAAGUCUAUAACAGUCUAAUGUUCAUCUAUACAUGUAUCAUAAUGGCACAUUGGCUUAGGAAUGCUUUACUUAUCCUGGCCGCAUGCUAUUUUGGUACAGUAUAGUGCUUUUCCUUCCUAUUCUCUUUGUCUGAAUCUUAGCCUAUUAAUUAUAUAUAUAUUUCACAUCUAGCUUUGUCCCCUUGAUGAUCCAGAUGUUGCAGCCGUCUGACUCUGCUGUGUACUACUGUGCUCUGAGGUCCACUGUGACAACAGGAGAUUCGGUCACUGUGUUGUUCAGACAAUGUCACAAGCUUCUCAAUGUUUGAUGAUACACAGAAAGAGGAGGAGACAAGGAGUUCAUAGUCUCAUCAUGGUCUAGUUACAUCAGAGUGGUAUUACUCUUCUCCCACUGAUCUCACAGUAGCAGUCAUGGAACCCUGGCUGAGGAAUUUACUGGUUCUUGCUGUAUUUUCUUAUGGUAUGAUAAUAUUAUUUUCCUAAUUCAUUUUCUGCCUUUGCUCCCAUUCCUUUCUUUUAUAAAACAUAUUUCUCAGUACAAUUCAACCAGUAUUAAAUUCCUAUGUUUUUAUUCCCUCAAUCAUGUUGCAUGAUUAUGUUUAUUAAAUUACUUUGCAGAAUGCAGAGGAGAAGACUCAGUCACUCAGUCACCAGAAGAUGUGAUCGCUACUGAGGGAGAACAGGUCACACUGGACUGUCAAUUUGAUAGUCUAGAUACAAAUCCAUACCUGUUCUGGUACAAGCAGGGAGCUAAUAACUUCCCAAAGUAUAUGCUGAGGAGGACAACUUUUUAUCCAGAUAAUGCCAUUGAAUUCCAGGGGAGAUUCAAUGCCCAUCUCAAUUUAACUGAAUUUUUAUCAGCAUCAAAAUCAGUCCCCUUGACGAUCCAGAGGUUGCAGCUGUCUGACUCUGCUGUGUACUACUGUGCUUUGAGGCCCACUGUGACAACAGGAUAUACAGACACCCUACAAAAACUAGUGUAGCCUUGGCACUAGUGUAUAAAAAAAUGCAAGCCUUACUUCUGUGGUGGGUGUGAUGUUAGCAGGGCUGUAGACCUCACACAGUGACACACAAAAUAACAUUCCAGAGGAGAAUGAAUUUUACAUUUUUGUCAUUUAGCAGAUGCUCUUAUCCAGAGCGACUUACAGUUAGUGAGUACAUACAUUUUUCAUACUGGAACCCCCAUGGGAAUCAAACCCACAACCCUGGCGUUGCAAACACCAUGCUCUACCAACUGAGCUACACAGGGCCUGUAGCUGAGUGAAUGCAUGCAAACAUCAGUCUGAAGAUGGAGAAAUCAAUCAGUUUAUUGAUCAUUCUGAUUAUGACUACAGGUAAACAAUACCUAAGCAUUUGAACUCCUUCCAUCCUUAUAAUCAGAUUAUUCAAUGAUGGUAUUGGUAGUAAAACAUAUUUUGAUGAAGUAAAGUCAUUUAAAUGUGAAAAAUAAGCAUGUGUUUUCAAUCAGCUUUUAUUAUCUAUUUUUCCUCUGCAGGAAAUGUAUCUGGAGAUAGUGUGACUCUUAACAAGGAUGAGUACACCCCCACUGAGGGAUCAUCAGUGUCUCUGUAUGUAUGAAACAAGGAGCAGUACCUACUGUAUAAAGGUGCCAGAGAAACUAGUGUUGACCAUAUCUCUAAUCAUCUCUAUGAAUCUACAACAUCCCAAAUGUCAACUACUCUCAUGAUUAAACAAGUAACAAAGACACAGCUCUCUACAUCUGUGCUCUGAAGGACGGCCAGUGAUACAGUGUCUCUGAAAGGCUGUACAAAAAGUAGUACACUGAUAAAUCAUUUGUUUUAGAUGAGCUUGUUAGUUAUUUCUUGACCACAGAUCAUUAUCAGGCUCAGAGGUCUGUAGAUUAGAUUAUUGUGGUAACAACUGUUAGAGUAAAGCAAAAACACAUUUAGGAUAACGGGGGAAACUUGUAUGAUAUACAAAUUAGAGAAUAUAUGAAUAUGGAAACCAAAUCAUUUGAAAAUGCAUUUUUCUUCCUGUUUUUUCUCCAACAGUCUUGAGGAGGAUGUGAUACAUGGUGGCAGUGUCAAGCUUUCCUGAAACUACAUAGUAUCUGGUGGACGCAGUGUCUUAUAGUAUCACCAAUAUCCCACAUCUGCUCCCCAAUUCCUCCUCCUCAUCUCAGUGUAUUCUGCAUCUGCUGAGACAAUAGUUACUGCAGACCCACCGUAUCUUUGACUGUCAGUUAACGUUGACAAAGUGGCUGAACGUGUGGAUCUGAAGAUCUCCUCUGCUGAAGUGACAGACGCUGAUCUGUACUACUGUGCUCUGAGGCACACAGUGACAGGAAACCCAAACACACUGUAUAACAACUGUACAGAAUCAGGGGAUAACAAUCCUUGUUGUGAACUGUUUCAGAUAUAAUUAUUAUCUGUCAGUUCCAAUUCAGGAUUACAACACCUGAACACUUAAAGAAGUCCACAUUUUCAGUCCUUCUUCACUCCAACCAAUACCAUUUGACUCCACUCGUGUCCCCUGGUUCAAAUCCAGGAUCUGUUGUAGCCGGCCGCGACCGGGAGACCCAUGGGGCGGCGCACAAUUCGUCCAGGGUAAGGGAGGGAAUGGCCGGCAGGGAUGUAGCUCAGUUGGUAGAGCAUGGCAUUUGCAACGCCAGGGUUGUGGGUUCGAUUCCCAUGGGGGGGCCAGUAUGAAAAAAAUAUAUAAUAAAAAUGUAUGCACUAACUGUAAGUCGCUCUGGAUAAGAGCAUCUGUUAAAUGACUGAAAUGUUUAAUCAACAAGAUACAGUGGGGGAAAAAAGUAUUUAGUCAGCCACCAAUUGUGCAAGUUCUCCCACUUAAAAAGAUGAGAGAGGCCUGUAAUUUUCAUCAUAGGUACACGUCAACUAUGACAGACAAAAUGAGGAAAAAAUAUCCAGAAAAUCACAUUGUAGGAUUUUUUAUGAAUUUAUUUGCAAAUUAUGGUGGAAAAUAAGUAUUUGGUCAAUAACAAAAGUUUCUCAAUACUUUGUUAUUUACCCUUUGUUGGCAAUGACACAGGUCAAAUGUUUUCUGUAAGUCUUCACGAGGUUUUCACACACUGUUGCUGGUAUUUUGGCCCAUUCCUCCAUGCAGAUCUCCUCUAGAGCAGUGAUGUUUUGUGGCUGUCGCGGGGCAACACAGACUUUAAACUCCCUCCAAAGAUUUUCUAUGGGGUUGAGAUCUGGAGACUGGCUAGGCCACUCCAGGACCUUGAAAUGCUUCUUACGAAGCCACUCCUUCAUUGCCCGGGCGGUGUGUUUGGGAUCAUUGUCAUGCUGAAAGACCCAGCCACGUUUCAUCUUCAAUGCCCUUGCUGAUGGAAGGAGGUUUUCACUCAAAAUCUCACGAUACAUGGCCCCAUUCAUUCUUUCCUUUACCCGGAUCAGUCGUCCUGGUCCCUUUGCAGAAAAACAGCCCCAAAGCAUGAUGUUUCCACCCCCAUGCUUCACAGUAGGUAUGGUGUUCUUUGGAUGCAACUCAGCAUUCUUUGUCCUCCAAACACGACGAGUUGAGUUUUUACCAAAAAGUUCUAUUUUGGUUUAAUCUGACCAUAUGACAUUCUCCCAAUCCUCUUCUGGAUCAUCCAAAUGCACUCUAGCAAACUUCAGACAGGCCUGGACAUGUACUGGCUUAAGCAGGGGGACAUGUCUGGCACUGCAGGAUUUGAGUCCCUGGCGGCGUAGUGUGUUACUGAUGGUAGGCUUUGUUACUUUGGUCCCAGCUCUCUGCAGGUAAUUCACUAGGUCCCCCCGUGUGGUUCUGGGAUUUUUGUUCACCGUUCUUGUGAUCAUUUUGACCCCACGGGGUGAGAUCUUGCGUGGAGCCCCAGAUCAAGGGAGAUUAUCAGUGGUCUUGUAUGUCUUCCAUUUCCUAAUAAUUGCUCCCACAGUUGAUUUCUUCGAACCAAGCUGCUUACCUAUUGCAGAUUCAGUCUUCCCAGCCUGGUGCAGGUCUACAAUUUUGUUUCUGGUGUCCUUUGACAGCUCUUUGGUCUUGGCCAUAGUGGAGUUUGGAGUGUGACUGUUUGAGGUUGUGGACAGGUGUCUUUUAUACUCAUAACAAGUUCAAACAGGUGCCAUUAAUACAGGUAACGAGUGGAGGACAGAGGAGCCUCUUAAAGAAGAAGUUACAGGUCUGUGAGAGCCAGAAAUCUUGCUUGUUUGUAGGUGACCAAAUACUUAUUUUCCACCAUAAUUUGCAAAUAAAUUCAUUAAAAAUCCUACAAUGUGAUUUUCUGGAUUUUUUUUUCUCAAUUUGUCUGUCAUAGUUGACGUGUACCUAUGAUGAAAAUGACAGGCCUCUCUCAUCUUUUUAAGUGGGAGAACUUGCACAAUUGGUGGCUGACUAAAUACUUUUUUCCCCCACUGUACACAGUAUAACUCCCAAUCUUCUGUAGAGGGCCUCACCUCAACACUACACAAACCUCUAUUUCUCUGAGCAGGUGGCUCCUCCUCCUGAAAGUGGAGGUAGUUGCAGGGCUGACAAACAGCAGCCAUACAGUACAUAUCACAUAUCACACCCUGCAGAUCACAGUAAACUGCAUAUCACAUAUCAGUUUAGUAAGCCCUCUUUCCUAGCUGCAUUCUGUCACAUACACCAUGAUGUUCCUCACUUCAAUAUUACUGUUUUCAGAACUUGUUGGUAAUUAAGGUUUUAUGUAAAGUCAUUUCCACACUGUCUGGUUUUCAUUCAUUGGUAAAUAUUGGGCUGCUUCAAAUAUAAAAUAAGAGGUUUUCAUAUUUAGUCUCAUGCAUAUUUUCUUCUCUGCCGCAGGUGAUACUUUAGAGGAUGAUAUUACUCCAACCAGCCCUGAGGAGAAUUAUUUAGAAGGUAGCAGAGUUAAGCUCUCCUGUAACUAUACAGUAAUAGCAGAUAGUCUGCUGUGGUACAGACAGUAUUCUGGAUCAGGUCUCCAAUUCCUUUACCUCGUAACAACUACCAAUAAGCCAUAUGAAGUGAGAGGUGAUCCACAAGACUUUCGACUGUCUGUUACACUGAACAAGGAGAGAACCCGUGUGGAUCUGGAGAUCUCCUCUACUGAAGUAACAGACUCUGAUCUGUACUACUGUGCUCUGAGGCCAACAGUGACAGGAAGGGAAUGAGAGGAGAGGAGAGGAGAGGAGAGGAGAGGAGAGGAGAGGAGAGGAGAGGAGAGGAGAGGAGAGGAGAGGAGAGGAGAGGAGAGGAGAGGAGAGGAGAGGAGAGGAGAGGAGAGGAGAGGAGAGGAGAGGAGAGGAGAGGAGAGGAGAGGAGAGGAGAGGAGAGGAGAGGAGAGAUUGAGCAUCUUUAGAGCAACUGUACUUUGGGGUGGAGCUUGUAGGUAAACUAAGCAGAAAUUAUCAACAGAACAUCUUGCAGAUGAAGUUGGUUUGGAAUAAUCAGGUUCUGUUGAGAUAUUAGUCAGUUUGACUUCUAACGCCAGCCAUGUUGUUAAUCUCGUCAAUUAUUAUGUUAUCAGUAAUAGGUCAGUUUUGGCUUUCAAGUAGUGUCAUGUUUUCUGUUUUGGAAAUAAAAAUAAAUUUUUAUUUCAAUAAAUAAAUUACUCAACGUUAAUCUCUUCCCAUUUGCAGGAGGCAGUUACGAGCAGACUAUCGAGCCAAACCAACAUGAAGUGUAUGGAGAGGAGGGUAGUUAUGUUCAGCUUUCCUGCAACUACUCCUCAGCGUACAGUCUACUAUGGUAUAAACAGUAUCCAGGAUCAGCUCCCCAAUAUCUUCUGCUCAUCCUGCACUCCACUGGGACUGGAUAUAGAGCUGAUUCUCUUGACUCUCAUUUCUCUGGUAAACUGAACAAAGAUAAGACCUUUGUGGAUCUGCUGAAGUGACAGACUCUGCUCUGUACUACUGUGCUCUGGAGCCCACAGUGACAGGAAACCUGCCAACACUGUAAAAACACUGCUAUCUAUUCAAGAGGAGGAGCUAAGCUAAGCAAACCACAGGAGGAUGGAAUUUUAGUCUGCCACAGGGGAGUGGUACCUUAGUGUUACUGAUAGCGCUGCUGAACUUCAACCAUCAUGUUCCUCUAUCCACUUUUAUUCAUUUCUGCAAUUGUUGGUGAGUUUUCUGAAUGUUCAUUAUGGCCACUGUUUAAACAAGGUUCAAAAUGAAAGAGUAACACUGAUAGUGAGCUGCAGUUCGAAACGUCAAAAUCCAUUGACAAUGUUAGUAAAUAAUGAUUGUGGAGAUAGAUUUGUUCAAAUACCUUAAACAUUAACAGAAUCCAGUGCUCAGAUUCAAUAUAUUUUUCAGGUGGCAGUUACCAGGAUGAAGUUCAACCAACCACAAAGAUAAUGCAUGGUGAUGAAGGAGGCUUUGUUACACUGUCUUGCAACUAUUCUGGUUCACCAUACAACCUCCAAUGGUAUCGACAGUAUCCCAGAUCAGCUCCCAAAUUCCUACUUCUCACUACAGUCUCAUCAAGCCCCUCUGUAGUGAACGCUACUCCUCCAUACCCACGACUGUCUUCCAAACUGAAUAUGGAGAUAACCCGCAUGGAUCUGGAGAUCUCCUCUUCUGAUGUAACAGACUGUGCUCUGUACUACUGCGCCUUGCAGCCCACAGUGACAGGAAACCCAGAAACACUGUACAAAAACCCGACAGCUCAUGAUAAACUCCUCUUAUUCAUAUUUUAUGGCAGGGGUGUGGAUUACUAAUGUAUGUAAAAAUAAUAAUAAUAAUAAUCUCCAGCUACACAAUUACUGUAUUCCUGUCAUUCUUUUAACUACAUGUUUUAGGCUAUGUUUUUAGUUUAUCAGAAUUAUUGGAUUUGAGAGUAAAUACCAAGAUCUUCCCUCAUUUCUAAUACAUCGUCCUUGUAAUCUAUCCAUCACCUCUUCACAUUUGCAGGUGACAGUUUUCAACAGAUCAUCCAGCCAAACCAACAUGAAGUGUAUGGAGAGGAGGGUAGUAAUGUUUAGCUUUCCUGCAACUACUCCUCAGCAUACAGUGUACUGUGGUGUAAACAGUAUCCAGGAUCAGCUCCCCAAUUCCUCCUCUUCAUCCACCAUGCCUCUAGGACUGUAGUGAGAGCUAAACCUCCAUACCCUCACCUCACAGUUAAACUGAACAGAGAAGACUCGUUUGGAUCUGGAGAUCUCUGA